UGGACGCCCAUUCCUUCCCACUCUCUCCCUCUCCUGUGGGCGCCGCCGCUGCGACGAUGGAGUCGCCGCUCCUGCUCCCCUCUUCCUCUCGCCGCCAUAGCACUGGAGGCGUUACAAUUUGUAUUUUUUAAGCGAGAAACCGACGCCAUGAACCUCCCUGACCCGCCUCCCCUCGCUCCCAUUCCAUGGCGCCUCUCCUCCUCUUCCUCCUCGGGCUCGCCCCGGCCCUCGCGCGACCCGACAGCCGCGGGUUCUACGACCCGGCGCGCGUCACCCAGCUGUCAUGGCGCCCCAGGGCGUUCCUGUACAGCGGCUUCCUCUCGCACGCCGAGUGCGACCACCUCGUCAAUCUGGCGAAGGGGAGGCUGGAGAAGUCGAUGGUGGCGGACAACGACUCGGGGAAGAGCAUCAUGAGCCAGGUGCGAACCAGCUCCGGCACCUUCUUGGCGAAGCACGAGGACGACAUUGUUGCUGGAAUUGAAAAGCGUGUAGCUGCUUGGACAUUUCUUCCAGAAGAAAACGCGGAGUCAAUUCAGAUUCUGCACUAUGAACUUGGUCAGAAGUAUGAUGCCCACUUCGAUUAUUUUCAUGACAAGAACAACCUUAAGCGGGGCGGUCAUCGUGUAGCAACUGUGCUUAUGUACUUGACUGAUGUCAAAAAGGGUGGAGAGACUGUAUUUCCAAAUGCUGAGGGAAGACAUUUGCAACUCAAGGAUGAAACGUGGUCUGAUUGUGCAAGAUCUGGCCUAGCAGUGAAACCCAAAAAAGGCGAUGCACUGCUGUUCUUCAGUCUCCAUGUUAACGCGACAACGGAUCCAGCGAGUCUCCAUGGAAGCUGUCCGGUGAUCGAAGGUGAGAAAUGGUCUGCAACAAAAUGGAUCCAUGUCAGGUCAUUCGAUCAUCCUCCAGAUGUAAGCCCGGAUGUGCCAUGUUCCGACGAAAACGAGUCCUGCCCUAGAUGGGCAGCUGUUGGAGAGUGUCUUAGAAACCCAACAUACAUGGUUGGCAACAAGGAUUCGCUCGGGUUCUGCCGCAAGAGCUGCGGUGUUUGUGAUGCUUAAACUGCACCCGGCCACCAAUGUAAACUGAAAGUGUCAUCUGGGGUAAAAAUGUUAAGCUGUUAGCUCGUAUUUUGGCCUCCACUCUGUGUAACACAGCUACACUACUUGAGAUGUAGAUAAGAAAUGAAGCAGGCUUACUCCUUUGUUUUCCAGUGUAGUUUAACCUUAGACCAUCUUGAUUAAAGUGAUGAUAUUUUUUUUCAGGAUUAAAGAGCUACUGCUG